ACGUGAUUCUCCCUUGCUCAGUCAUGGCGAUUUUGGCUGUCUUCUCAAACGCGAAUGUGCGAUUUGAGAGUGCCAAGCGAGAUAAGGACCGAUGGCCCACUGCCCAGCACCAUUACCGUGGGCGUUGGUUGCCUUUUUCAUGCUGACGACAAAAGGGAUGGGGAUUCGGGAAGCCUGGGCGGAUUCUCGAUUAAAUGCUGGGAACGACAUCGCAAACUGCCCAAUUUUUGAGUUACGAUGCUCACCGGAAAACUCGUUGAUAACACACAAACUUGGUCCUCGCCGCCAUAUGCUCAUCUCCGAUGGACAUGUAACUCGCUCUCUGGGCCUCUACCACAAGUGGCGGGUUUGGACCGGACAGCCCAACACCCAAGGAUCCUAGAACCCGCAGGUUGCCUUUUAGUGGCGAGCACGGUCAUCAGGGCUUACGAUGGAGAUAAGUGAUGCGCGACGGUUGCAGUCGAUUCAACUGUUUUGACCUGGUUCAUGGCUGGACGACUCCUCGGGCUGCUCGCCACUUUCAUGACAGCUACAUGGGCCAUUUCCGGUCCAUGUGUUCUGACGAUUAACUUUGUCGCAAUUGAUGGCGUGCAGCUUACACCUCCCACCACCUCUCUCCGGUGUUCGAUAUCCACAGAUGAGUCCGCCAAUCUUGUUAUUUCAUGCAUGAAACUUGGUUCUUAAGCACAAGGGUGGUCCUCUGCUUCAGCAAUCCGCCAGACACAGGUGUCUUAUCGAUUCUCGCAUUGAGAAACCGUGC